GCCUCCCUCCUUCUAUCCUUGCUCUCUCUCUCACUCUCUCUCUCUCUCUCCCUCUCUCUCACUCUCUCUAUCACCGCCUUUCUGAUCUUUAAAAGCCUCCCUCACUCUCAUAUACUCUCAACAUAUCCCUCUGGCUGCCGCAUGACUGAACGGGGCUGAGUACCAGGCGGCUGAGGCUGAAGCUUGAAGCUGAGGAACGUGUAAAGAAAACAGAGAGAGGUCGGGGAAAGAAAGACAGAAGAGAGAGAGAGAGAAAGAGAAAGAAGGAAAGAGGAACACAGACAUCCAGAAAUAGCAUCAGCCACGUCCGUACGAGCACACGAGCAUGGAGAACCUCCAGAGGCCGGAGCGCAAGAAGAUGCCAUUCCUCUCCAACUUAACUGCCAUCAUCCUGUUGCUGGCGGCUCACUGCGGAUCCUGUACGGCAGCCAGUCGCUUCGGCCCCCACAAGCUGUGCCUGUCCUGCAAGGACCCGCUGGGAAUGGGCCGGCCCUCUCGGGAUCACCUGGUGCCAUCCAGCACAACCGUCCUGGCUCUGGGGGAGCCCUGUGGGGUGUACACCCUGAGCUGUGCCAAGGGCCUGCGCUGCAUGCCCCCACCGAGAGAACACAGCCCUCUCCAGGCUCUGCUGCAAGGCAAGGGCUUCUGCGGCAAACACAGCAAGAUGAGUCCCACAGAGAGACCACAUUCCACAGGUACCCCAAAUACUUCACACAGUGGCGAAAUCGAUAAGGCGCCGUGCCGGAAGCUGCUCAAUGCUGUGCUGCGGGGUCUCGAGCUCACCAUCUUCCAGUCUGACCGUGAUAUUUACAUCCCCAACUGUGACACUCGUGGAUUCUACAGAAAAAAGCAGUGUCGCUCCUCCAAGGGUAUGCAGCGCGGACACUGCUGGUGCGUAGAUGAGCUUGGCGUCGCCCUGUCGGCCCGUGCCGGCGAGGAUGGCACCCUACCCUGCGACGGCGAGUGACGGGUGGCAAUCGGCCCCACAGCUCUGAGCCAGGAGGAAAAAGAGGGAGAGGAGAAAUGCAGGGAGAGGGGUUGAAGAUUUUUGCUUACGCUGGACACUGCCUGGCCAGGAGCACCAAGGGAUAAAGUCAAGCCACACGGGAACCAGACGCCCACAUCCAACCACUCCUGACCAGCCCAAACCGAAGGUCCUCGUGUCCACUGCCAUAAAGUUGCCGCAAUCCUGUGGAUCAGGCAUGGACAGCGUAAGCACCAGAGCCAACAUUGAAGCUGUGGUAGGCCACCAAGUCCCCAAGAGCUAAGCCCAAACCCAACAGGCCCCUCAACACUACAGUCCCUUUCUUUGCCGUAGCCAUCACUGCCUGUGUCUUGUAUAUUUUAAUACUGUUAAAUCAGAUGGGGCCACCAUGCUAUUUUGCUUUCAAACCCCUCAUAAUUCCCUUGUCCCAUAAUGUCCACCACCACCCCUCCCUCCCUCUCCAAAGAUACACUGACUUAAACUAUUACGUAUGAAAUAUACCUUUCCGUCUAAUUUAUUCUGGAGUAUUACUCUGUUUCCUCAAAGACUUGCAUACUUCUGAACUGUCGCCAAUGUAACCAAGACAUUGACACACUAUCCCAUUGUGCACAUGAUUUGUGAAAGCAUUCAGCCCUUUCUUUUGUGUCAAAGUGACACGCUAACCGCUAAUACAUAGUGGAUUGUUUGUACAUAAAUGCAUUUUUGUUUGUGUGUGUGUAUGUAUGUGUUAAGUGUGUGUGUGUGUGUGUGUGUGUGUGUGUGUGUGUGUGUGUAUUUUAGGUAGAUAACAUGGUUCUUGAGAGCUGAUGGCUGUUACUCUUUCUGAAAAGUCGUUAGGCAUAUUUUUAUAUACUUCAAUAUUAUAUUUUAUAUAUAUAAAUAUAUAUAAAUUGCAGGUUUAUUUAAUGAACUACGAUGCCAUGUAUUUUUAUAUUGUCAGCUUUUUUUCAUUAUGGAGAAACUCAUAGAAAAGAAAACAGUGAACACAAAGCUUUAAAGGCACAUUCAUGAAAAGGAAACACACCCUCAAAAUCUACUGUGCUGCUCUACAUGUGAUUAAAGGAAUAGUUUAGUGAAUUAUCAGAUCAUCUGCAUUGCAGAACAGUAUUAAAAACACACUUCUGUCUAUUUAUGUAUAGGGUUAAAUCAGGUGUACACUCCAAUUUAUGUACUGUCGAACGUUUAUCUGUGUUCAUGUUUUUUAAAACUCUACCCUUAGCUUAAAUUUGAAAUAAGAUUAAACAAAUGUGAGGGGGAGUUUGGGAGGGGCACUGGGUGAUGUAUGGGUUUAGGGGCGGGGCAGAAAGGAGAGCUGAUUGGGCUGAGCACUGUGCCUAUGUUAGCGGUGAGACACAGAUGAUUGGACAUGUUUACCUAAAACAUUUUUUUUAACUUGGGUAUGACAUUGUUCGGACAUCUGACCUCUGACCUCUGAGGUAAAUGAAAUACAGUAUAAACCACAUGCAUUUGUCUUUGUGAAACUAAAUUGGAAUAUCAAAAAUAUUUUAGACCUGUUUUUUUAGAGCUGAGAUUGGGAACAGCCUAGUCCAGUGUUUUGUUAGCGUUAAUAUUAAACAUACCAGAUUUGAUAAACAUGCCAUAUUUGCUGAACUAUUCCUUUAAAUGAUGAUUCUUUAUCAUCUUUAUCAUUUCAUCAUGUUUGCAAUGUAUACUAAUUGAAACACAGUACAAUAGCAAAUCUGUUGUGAAGCAACAUUUUAUGAUUUUAAUUUAAAUCAUAGAGAAAAUGAUGAAUGUGCACCAAAAACUGUGUGAUUUCAUCCACCCAAUUCACAUUCAUUUCCUUGUGUCAGUGUGUGUGUAAGUGUAUAAAUGUGUGUAUGAGUAUGAAAGAGGUUGCAGGUUCUUGCAAAGUUGGUGUAAGAACUUAAAUAACUAAAAUAACAAAACAAAAUAAAUGAAUUAUUAUGGAAGAAAAACGACAUAUAAGCUAUGUUACCUUACAUCUGACAGUCUGGUGUGUCUUCUUUAAAAGCUGCACUAAAAAAAACUUAAUGUAAGAAGCCUUUCA